UGCUAGCCCCCCUUUUUAGGCAGCAGCCACUGCAAACUUUACACAGGGGGCUGAUUCGUAUGGUGGUCAAAUAUCUCUGGGUUUGGACUAGGCAUUUCUGUGUUUGUUUUUGGAGGUUUUUAUUUCAUUUAUGAACUUUUAUUUAACUGGGACGUGCCAUUGAGGUCAGAAGACCUCUUUCCCAAGGAAGACUUAAGUUUUCUGGGUAUAUUUACAUUUUUUGGAGCAUAGAAGAGAACAAAAAUGGAUAGGAAAUUGAAUCUUAACCGAGCCGAGACUUUUUCCUUCAUCAACCCUUGGAUAAGGUACUUCCUGUUCUUUUUCAGCUUCUUGUUCUGGGUCUUCUCCUUGCUGAUUGUUGCUAUAGGGGUAUAUGCAAAGGUUCAAAAAGCAACAGUGGGUCACACCACACGGUUGUCUGUGUUCGUCUCUUGCAGACACGGUCAGAGACACGUUCCUGAUCGACCCAGCGGUCAUCCUGAUCGUGGUGGGCGUGGUCAUGUUCUUCAUCACCUUCUGCGGCUGCAUCGGAGCCCUGCGAGAAAACAUUCACCUUCUGAAGACGUUCUCCUUCAGUCUGACUCUGGUCUUCCUCACUCAGCUGGCCAUAGCUGUCCUGGGCUUCUUCUAUUCAGACCAGACACGAGACGCUCUGGGGAAGUUUGUGAAUAAAGCCAUCGUGCACUACAGGGAUGACCUGGAUCUGCAGAACCUCAUGGACUACAUUCAGAGAGAGUUCAAGUGCUGCGGCUGGAACAACUACACUGACUGGUCAUGGAACCAGUACUUCAACUGCACCCAGGGGAACCCCAGCUCUGAGCGCUGUGCGGUCCCUUACUCCUGCUGCACCCCCGUACCAGGAGAGGUUGUGAUCAACACCAAGUGUGGCUUUGGGGUCCAGACUCAGAACUACCUCGAGGCCACCAAGUCCAUCUAUCCAGUGGGUUGUGCAGACCGGGCGGUUCGGUGGAUUGAGUCCCACCUGCUAUUGGUGGGGGCUCUAGCUCUGGGUCUCUCCCUGCCUCAGAUUGCAGGCAUUGUGCUCUCCCAGAUCCUCAUCUCUCAGAUCCAGGAUGAGAUCAGCUCAGUGUUGUGAGAAGAAGAUGGUCCGACCGACACAGAAAAUAACAGAACAACUAGGAGAGAACAGAGAAGAAGUACUGGCCACUCCAGUUAACAAAGGGCAUCAUCUACGGUUACAUUACACAGCCUUCGGAGCAUCUGAUUUAGUGGUGUGCUGUAUAGACCGUAUGGAAGUGUGUCAUUAUAUGCUGGACUUAGAUGACUAAAGGCUGACAUUGGAAGUGUUUAUUUAUUAUAUGAUUUAUAUUGACAUGAGGAUAUUCUUUUCUGAAAAGGAUGCAUUAUUUAUAUUUCAAAGUGUGAUUGCUAAUAUAAUUUGCUAUAUGAGACUGUAAAUGUUGUGUUACAGAACAUUCAAUUGAACAUACUUUUUGACAAAUGUUGAAGUUCUAGAAAUCAUUGGAUAGUGAACAUGUUGAUGAUCAUUUCUAUUAGGUCCACGUAACUGAAGAAUAAAGGCCACAUUCAUCAGCCAAACAUCCAGUCAAUUUGGGGAGGGUACCUCUGCAGUAGCCCCUGGUCCAGACUCAGUGACACCCAGGUUAGGCAUGCAGGACAUGGGCUCUCUGGAUCAGCCGGUCAGUGAGGGGAGAGUUGGGCUUCGUUGCCUCACGCUCCACCAACAAACAUCUCCAGAAGGACAACACAAGACAAAAAAAAGGACAGUUCUAGAUUGAGUUCUUUAGAGUAGAACAUCUAACUGGAGAACAAAAGGCACUCUGCAACGGUAAUCAGUAGAUACAGUACACUGUAUACAGAUCAUUGUGUACUGUAUUGCACCCAGACACGCUUGCAUUUUACAGACUUCAGGGGGUGUCAAUAAGGACAAGCUUAGCCAUGAGAACAUACUGAUGAAAUUCAACAGUCAAGAUAUUGUUUCUUCUUCUACUUCCCUGACGAGGGAGCACAGGGAGCACAAGACGAGAGAAAAUAAAAUCUUACUGGACAGAGGACCAUUUUCUUAGUCAUGUGUAUUAUAUUGUACAGAGAAAUCAAUAGUGUAUUUUAGCCAUUCACUUUUGUUGGGUUCUAACUUGAAAAAAGGUAUUCCUGUCAUUAUAUUAGAACAUAUUGAUCACGUUACAUGUAUAAUAAAUGCUUUGUGUCUCGGAUCAAUGAAAGGGUGAAUAGGAACUCUGUGUAUGAAAAGUUACUAUGGGAGAAAAGGGAAACAGAGUAUGACAUCACUUGUAAACAUCCUGGAGAAGUGACCGGAUCAAGAGCAGCUGCUACCAGACGGCUCCAUCAACGAAGACGACAGCACAACCGUUAGGCAGUAUUGGGCAACAGAUAGCAGUUGAGAAGUUACACCCCUCAUCUCAUCUGGACAUAUAAAUGGUUGUUUGAUCAUGUGCAAAGUGUGAUUGCAGCUGAGGCACCCAGUGGGUUGAAUAAAAUGGGUUAGAGCUUUUACUA